AUGGAGGCAGAGACACAAAUCAGUUCAAAACACUCAUGGGGGCCCACCCCAGAGGACAGCAGGAAAUCCGCCGACAUGGAGGAGUCACCGGCCGCCGAAGACAAAAGGCUGGAUUUCAUAGCCGACUGUGUGCUGAGAACUCUCAAAGUGAGGCCGGACAGAUGGGAAAAAUGUGCGUCCGACGAGGACAGCAGGCGGGCGCUGCUGGACUUCCUGGACGCGGCCGAGCAGAGGACUCUGAUGGUGUCCGUGAGCGCAGCCGGACUGCUGGAGGCCGCAACCUCGUUCGCCGGCAGUCGUAAAAACAAGGCAGUGUACUUUAUGAAAAGAGACAAAGCCGCGCUGAGUCCGGAGUCCAUCAAAGACAGAUUGGUCUACGGAGACCUGUCUUCCGCUCCACUGGACCAGUUUUCUGCUCUAGUUGGGGAGGUUGUCGCUCCACUGCUGACCAACAGGCAGAACCACAUUGAAUGGCCCCACGUUGUGUCUCAGGACGUUGAGCGCCAUGUCCAAUCUCUCAAAACCGACGUGCUGGUCUUGUCUGGCCAAGUCCAAGGCAAGACCCUGCUUCCUCUCCCAGAGGGCUUCGAGAAAGUGGAACAACUUGCCCUGGAGGCAGAGCAAAGCGAGGCGACAGCGGACAGGAGCGUCAUCCACCCUUUGGAGUCCGCGGUGAUCGAGUGGAGCCAUCAGAUCGGCGCCGUCCUCAAGAAAGACUCCUCCGAGGCCGUGCUGGGAGGACAACACCCCACGCCUCACACCGAGCUGCUCUUCUGGAACAACAGAUAUGCAGAUUUGGAGAACAUCCACUCUCAGCUGACCUCCUGCAAAGUGAAAAAGAUGGAGGUGUUGAUGGAGGCUGUGGAGAGCAGCUAUUAUCCUGCUCUUGUUAACAUGCAGCGAGACGUCCUUGCAGCUCUGGAGGAAGCCCAGGACAUUUGCAUCUACCUGACGCCCCUGCAGCGUCUGUUUGAGGAACUGGAAAACAUGGAGCUCCCUGGUGUCAAAGGUCAAAUUAAAGCUUUCAUGCACACGGUGUGCCUGGUGUGGGCCAACUCCAGACACUACAACACACCAGGACGCCUCGUUGUCCUGCUGCAGGAGACCUGCAACCUCCUCAUACAGCAGGCCAGGGUGUAUCUGGUUCCAGAGGAGGUUCUGACAGGAGAACCCGCCGAGAGUCUUCUGAAGGUCCAGACGAGCCUGGAGGUCCUGCAGCUUUUCAGAAGCACCUAUGAGAACCACAGGGCCAACCUGAGGAAGUACCAGAAGAAUGGGAUCAUGGUUAGGCCUUGGGAUUUUCCCCCAAAGCUGGUUUUCUCAAGGUUGGAUCAAUUUAUCAGCACACUGGAAAAUAUAAAGGACAUCCUGUCAACGUAUUUGGACCUGAUGAAGCUCGAGAAACUGGAGAUUGGAGGUGUCCGAGGAAGAGCUCUUAGCCUUCAGAUCCAGUCGCUCUAUCAAGAGUUCCUGGACUCCUACAGGGUCUUCACAGGAAAGCCGUAUGACUGCUUGGAUGGUUCCAACAUGGAAUUCGAAGGAGAUGUGAGGGACUUUAAGCUGAAGGUGGAUGACACAGAUCGCCGCCUAGGGGCAAUCUUCUGUCAGGCUUUUGAUGAUGCCUCUGGACUGGAGCACACCUUUAAGGUCCUGGAAAUGUUUGGCGGUCUGAUGGAGCGUCCGCUGAUCGCCGUUGACGCAGUGGGAAAAUAUCCCCUCCUUUUGUCCAUGUUUGACAAAGAGCUAGACUCCUGUAAACAUCUUUACAACAAACAGAUGAAAGCUGUAAAGGAGCUGGGCUCAGCACCAACCAAUAAGAACAUGCCGGAGGUCGCUGGAGGGUUGAGAUGGGCUGACGAGCUACAACAGCGCAUCCGGGUCCCCUUCUCCAAACUGAGGCACUUCAUCCCCUCGUGCUUGGACUCUGUGGAAGGAGCCAGGGUAAUCCAGAAUUAUGAGGAGGUGACGCAACUGCUGGACAGAUACUCGGCCGGCUUGUAUGCGACCUGGACGGAGGCCGUGGGCGAGAGCUCGCAGCACAACCUCGGCUCGCCGUUAAUCAGCCGAGACUCGGACACUCGUCUGAUCUCUGUCAAUUUCAGCCCGCAGCUGGCGGCCGUGCUCAGAGAAGUGAAGUACUUGAUGCGUCGACCAACUGCGGCCAUACCGGAGGCUGCCGCUCAGCUCUACGCGGCCAGGGAGCAGCUGUGGCAGUACGUGGCCAACCUGGAGCGCGCCGCAGUCCGAUACAACAAGGUGAUGCUGUCUGUGCUGGACGUGGAGCGUCCUCUGAUCCAGGGUCAGCUCAGAGACAUCGAUGCUCGGCUGGGGGAGGCAGAGGAGAGCCUGACCUGGAACAGCAGAGGUGUUUGGCAGUACAUCCAAGACAUCCGAGACGCUGUCUGGGACUUGGAGAGCAGACUUCAAAAGACCAAGGAGAAUGUGGAGGAGAUCCAGAGGUACAUGAAGUCGUGGGCCGUCCCCAUGUUUGACAGGAGAGACUGCAGAAAGGAUGCGCCGCUUUGCCUGGAGGAGCGCGCUGAAAGGGUGGAGCGGUUUCACAAUGCCGUGCAGUCCUCUGGGAGGAAAAUCCACUUCCUGCUAGAGAGCAAUCAGGCACUGUUCAGAGCCGAGUCGUCCUCGGAGGAGUGGAAGGCCUAUGUGGAAUACAUUGAUGACAUGAUUAUAGAUGGAUUCUUCAGCUGUAUUGAGUGCUCUCUCAAGUUCUUCCUGGACAACACUGAUCAAAGAACUGUCAUGGCCCCUCUGCUCGAGGCCCGUCUGGACUUGCAGGCCCCUAACAUGGUCUUCUCUCCCUCUCUGGAGCUGGGGGCUCCAGAUAGUUUGUUCGAGAUAGUGGAAAGCCUCAUCAACGAUGUGUUCAAAAUGUCCUCGUUGGUGCCGCGGCUCGCCCAGCACAGCCCCUCUGCCCACUACCAGGCUGACAUGGAAAGCAUGACUGACCUGGCAGACGCGCGACACCUCCUGAUGGAGCGUGUGAAGGCCGCCAUGACGGUGUGCUGCAACUUCCGCAACUCUCUGGAGCGUUACAGCUACUUGUACGUGGACGACAGGAAGGAGUUCAUGCGUCAGUUCCUCGAGUAUGGCCAAAAUCCCGCAAGCCCUGAUGUAGAGGUUUUCAGUGAUGGUGGGAUUUAUGAAAGCACACCGAAUCUGGACAGCUUCAGAGAACAGAUAGACAGUUAUGAGAAGCUUUAUGAGGAGGUCCAGCACCUGGAGGUGGUGCAUGUCUUCCAUGGAUGGAUGAGGGUGGAUGGCAGGAGGAUGAAGAGUGCUCUGCUCAAUGUCAUCAAAAAGUGGAGCUUCAUGUUCAAGCAGCACCUCAUCGAUCAUGUAACCAACAGUCUGUUUGAUCUAGAGAGGUUCAUCUGUAUAACUGAUGCUGGCCUGAGCCAGCAGGUGGAGGAGGGUGACUACAGAGGUCUGGUUGAGGUCAUGGGUCACUUGCUGGCGGUUAAAGAGAGACAAACCUCAACAGACACCAUGUUUGAGCCUCUGCAACAAACCAUUGCUCUGCUGAAAAUGUAUGAGCAGGAUCUCCCAGAAGUGGUGUACAAACACCUAACGGAGUUGCCAGAAAAGUGGCUCAAUCUAAAAAAACAGGCAGUCUUGGUUAAACAGCAGGUGGCGCCGCUGCAGGCCAUAGAGGUGGUCAGCCUACGUAGAAAAUGCGCUUCAUUUGAUGUUGAGCAACAUGCCUUCAGGGAGCACUUCCGCAGCAAUGGGCCUUUCAGGUUUGACAGCCAGAAGCCGUACCGGAUGAUGAGUAAGUUUCACCGGAUGAUCCGGGAACAUGAGAAGACGAUGGCCUCCCUGAUGGAGUCGGCGAGUCUGUUUGAGGUCACUGUCUCGGAGUACAAACAGCUUCGACAAUGCAGGCGUGAGGUGGGCCUGUUGAAAGAGCUGUGGGAUAUGAUUACAUUAGUAGAAUCCAGCAUGGCAGCUUGGAGGACGACUCCCUGGAGAGAGAUCAAUGUGGAGGACAUGGAACACGAAUGCAAGCGCUUCUCUAAAGACAUACGAGGGCUGGAUAAGGAGGUAAGAGCAUGGGAGGCGUUCACAUGUCUGGACAAUAGGGUGAAGAACAUCCUCACCUCUCUAAGGGCAGUAGCAGAACUCCAAAGCCCUGCGAUACGACCCAGACACUGGCAUCAGCUGAUGGCUGCUACUGGUGUUCACUUCACAAUUGACCAGGAAACAUCAUUGGCUGACCUGCUGCAGCUCAACCUGCACUGCUGUGAGGAGAAAGUCAGAGAGAUUGUGGACAAGGCUGUUAAAGAAAUGGGGAUGGAGAAAGUCCUGUCUGAGCUCGACACCACAUGGACAGGUAUGCGCUUCCAGUACGAGCCCCACCACAGGACCCAGGUGCUUCUGCUCCGCACAGACGAGGAGCUAAUCGAAACCUUGGAAGAUAACCAGGUUCAACUCCAGAACCUCAUGUCUUCAAAGUACAUAGCCCACUUCCUGGAUGAAGUGUCCACAUGGCAGAACAAGCUUUCUGUGGCAGACUCUGUAAUCUCCAUCUGGUUUGAGGUGCAGCGGACCUGGACCCACCUGGAGAGCAUCUUCAUGGGCUCCGAGGACAUUCGUUCUCAGCUGCCCGAGGACUCCAGGCGCUUCGAGGGGAUUGAUGCUGAUUUCAAAGAGCUGGCAAACUCGGUGCUUCAGACGCCUAAUGUGGUGGAGGCCACCAAUAAGCCUGGUCUGUUUGGUAAACUGGAGGACAUUCAGAGCAGACUCUCUCUGUGUGAAAAAGCUCUGGCAGAGUAUCUGGACACCAAACGACUUGCUUUUCCAAGAUUCUACUUCAUUUCUUCUGCUGAUUUGUUGGACAUCCUGUCUAAUGGGACAAACCCUCACCAGGUCCAGAAGCAUCUAUCUAAGCUGUUUGACAACAUGGCUAAGAUGCAGUUUGAAGCAGAUAAAGAGGGAAAUCCUUCCACGGCUGCCGUGGGCAUGUACAGCAAAGAAGACGAGUAUGUCCCUUUUAAUCAGCCCUGCGACUGCGCCGGACAGGUGGAAAUCUGGUUGAACCGGGUGCUGGAUACCAUGCGCUCAACUGUUCGCCAUGAAAUGACCGAGGCAGUGGCGGCUUAUGAGGACAAAUCCAGAGAGCAAUGGUUGUUUGACUACCCAGCUCAGGUUGCACUGACCUGCACUCAGAUCUGGUGGACUUCUGAUGUGAACAUGGCUUUUGCCCGACUCGAGGAAGGCUAUGACAACUCCAUGAAGGAGUACUACAGGAAGCAGGUAUCCCAGCUCAACAUGCUCAUCUCCAUGCUGAUUGGCCAGCUCACACCAGGUGACAGGCAGAAAGUGAUGACCAUCUGCACCAUCGACGUCCACGCCAGAGAUGUGGUGGCCAAGAUGAUCAGUCAGAAGGUGGAGAAUUCCCAGGCCUUUGUGUGGCUCUCUCAGCUGAGACAUCACUGGGACGAGAGGGAGAGGCACUGCUUUGCCAACAUCUGUGAUGCCCAGUUUCUCUACUCGUAUGAAUAUCUGGGCAACACGCCACGACUGGUCAUCACUCCUCUAACAGACAGAUGUUACAUCACUUUGACUCAGUCUCUCCACCUGACCAUGAGCGGAGCACCAGCUGGGCCUGCAGGCACAGGGAAGACUGAGACGACCAAAGAUUUGGGACGGGCCCUGGGCGUCAUGGUGUACGUGUUCAACUGCUCUGAGCAGAUGGACUACAAGUCCUGUGGGAACAUCUACAAAGGCCUGGCUCAGACAGGGGCAUGGGGCUGCUUUGACGAGUUUAACAGGAUCUCUGUGGAGGUGCUGUCUGUUGUAGCAGUACAGGUUAAAAGCAUUCAAGAUGCCAUCCGUUACAAGAAGCAACGAUUUAACUUCAUGGGAGAGGAGGUGAAUCUUUGUCCUUCAGUCGGGAUCUUCAUCACGAUGAAUCCUGGUUACGCCGGUAGAACAGAGCUUCCAGAGAACCUCAAGACUCUUUUCAGACCUUGUGCUAUGGUGGUUCCAGACUUUGAGCUCAUCUGCGAGAUCAUGUUGGUGGCUGAAGGCUUUGUAAAUGCCCGGAUUCUCGGCAGAAAGUUCAUCACCCUCUACACACUGUGCAAAGAGCUGCUGUCCAAGCAGGAACACUAUGACUGGGGCCUUCGAGCCAUCAAGUCAGUGUUGGUGGUAGCCGGCUCUUUGAAAAGGGGAGAGCCGGGACGAGCUGAGGACCAAGUCCUCAUGCGAGCUCUGAGAGAUUUCAACAUCCCAAAGAUCGUGACUGAGGACAUGCCCGUUUUCUUGGGCCUGAUCGGAGACCUUUUUCCUUCCUUGGAAGUUCCCCGGAAGAGAGACAUGGACUUUGAAGAGAACGUAAAGCAGUCCAUUCUGGACCUGAACUUGCAGCCUGACGACAACUUCGUUCUCAAGGUGGUGCAGCUCAAGGAACUGCUGGCCGUUCGCCACUCUGUGUUUGUGAUCGGGAAUGCGGGCACCGGUAAGAGUCACGUGAUGAGAUCGCUCCAGCGGACCUAUCAGAACAUGAAGCGUCGGCCCGUGUGGGCAGACCUCAAUCCGAAGGCGGUGACCAAUGACGAGCUCUUCGGAAUCAUCAACCCGGCAACCAGAGAGUGGAAAGAUGGGCUCUUCUCCAGCGUAAUGCGUGAACUGGCCAACAUUAGUCACAGUGGGCCUAAGUGGAUUGUUCUAGAUGGAGACAUUGAUCCAAUGUGGAUUGAGUCACUCAACACGGUUAUGGAUGACAACAAGGUGCUGACUCUGGCCAGUAAUGAGCGCAUCCCUCUGAACCCCACCAUGAGGCUGGUGUUUGAGAUUAGCCACCUUCGCACUGCUACUCCUGCUACUGUAUCGAGGGCAGGCAUUCUGUAUAUAAAUCCAGCAGACCUUGGGUGGAGCCCACAGGUGUCCAGCUGGAUCGACAAGAGGGAAGUCCAAUCCGAGAAGGCAAACCUCACCAUUUUAUUCGACAAGUAUCUCCCCUCCUGCUUGGAUGUUCUCAAAUCAAGGUUCAAAAAGAUCAUCCCAAUCCCAGAGCAGAGUCUUGUCCAGAUGCUGUGCUACCUGCUGGAGUGUCUCCUGACUCCAGAAAAUACACCACCAGACUCUUCCAAAGAUCUUUAUGAGCUCUACUUCGUCUUCGCUUCGAUCUGGGCCUUUGGGGGAGCGCUGUUCCAGGACCAGCUGGUCGACUACAGAGUGGAGUUCAGCAAGUGGUGGGUUGCUGAGUUCAAAACCAUCAAGUUCCCAUCGCAGGGCACCGUGUUCGAUUACUACAUCGACCCAGAGAGCAAAAAAUUCGAACUGUGGUCCAAGAUGGUCACCAAGUUUGAGAUGGAUCCAGAUAUACCUCUUCAGGCAUGUCUGGUUCACACCGCUGAGACGGUCCGAGUGCGUUACUUUGUGGACCGCCUCCUGGAGCACCGCAGGCCAGUCAUGGUGGUCGGGAAUGCCGGCACUGGGAAGUCUCUCCUAAUCGGGGAUAAACUUGAGUCAUUGGAUGCUGAGAAAUACAUGUUCAGAAACGUCCCAUUUAACUAUUACACCACGUCUGCUAUGCUGCAAGCUGUGCUGGAGAAGCCCCUAGAGAAAAAAGCAGGGCGCAACUACGGCCCUCCUGGCAGCAGAAGACUGAUCUACUUCAUAGAUGACAUGAAUAUGCCUGAGGUAGAUGCAUAUGGCACGGUGCAACCUCACACACUCAUCCGCCAACACAUGGACUACAAGCAUUGGUAUGACCGUAAUAAACUGCUUUUGAAAGAAAUACACAACGUUCAAUACGUUUCCUGCAUGAACCCCACGGCUGGCAGCUUCACCAUUAAUCCCAGGCUGCAGCGGCACUUCUGCGUCUUCGCCCUGUCCUUUCCCAGAGCAGAAGCCCUGAGCACCAUCUACAGCUCCAUCUUGUCUCAGCAUCUGAGAGGAGAAGGGUUUAGCUCGACCCUGCAGAAGAGCAGCUCCACCCUGGUCAAGUUGGCCCUGGCCCUCCAUCAACGCGUCUCCUCCACCUUCCUCCCCACGGCAGUCAAGUUCCACUACGUCUUCAACCUGCGGGACCUCUCCAACAUAUUCCAGGGCAUUCUCUUCAGUACCGGCAAGUGCAUGAAAAGCCCAGCGGACCUGCUGAAAAUCUACCUGCAUGAGUCCAGCCGGGUCUAUAGGGACAAGCUGGUGGAGGAGCAGGACAUCCAGGCCUUUGAUAAGCUACAGACGGACACACUGAAAAAGUUCUACGAGGAUGUGGAGGAGGAGCUGCAGCGGACCCGGGAGUUGAACCUGUACUGCCACUUUGCCCGCGGGCCAGGGGAGCCCAGGUACAUGUCAGUGGAGUCCUGGAGCAGCCUCAGUAAAAUCCUGCUGGAUGUUCUGGACAGCUACAAUGAGGUCAACGCUACCCUGAACCUGGUGCUGUUUGAAGAUGCCAUGGCUCACAUCUGCCGAAUAAACCGAAUCCUGGAGUCUCCACGGGGCAACGCGCUGCUGGUCGGAGUAGGCGGCAGCGGCAAGCAGAGCCUGACCCGACUGGCUGCUUUCAUCUCCAAUCUGGAGGUUUUUCAGAUCACCUUGAGAAAAAGCUACAGUCUCGCAGACCUAAAGACUGACCUGGCAUCCCUCUACAUCAAAGCCGGUGUGAAGAAUGUUGGUACGGUGUUCCUAAUGACUGACGGCCAAGUGGCAGAUGAAAAGUUCCUCGUUCUGGUCAAUGAUCUGUUGGCAUCCGGAGAGAUUCCCGACCUGUUCCCAGACGAUGAGGUUGAGAACAUCAUUGGCAGCGUGAGGCCAGAGGUCCGUAGCUCGGGAUUGAUGGAUACGAGAGAAAACUGCUGGAAGUUCUUCAUCGACCGCGUUCGCAGGCAGCUCAAGGUCGCCCUGUGCUUCUCUCCGGUCGGCAGUAAACUGAGGGAUCGGAGCAGGAAGUUCCCGGCUGUGGUCAACUGCACGGCGAUCGACUGGUUCCAUGAGUGGCCACAGGAGGCGCUGGAGUCAGUCAGCCUCAGGUUCCUGCAGGAGGUGGAGAACAUCGAACCCCAGGUGAAGGAGUCGGUGAGCAGAUUCAUGGCUUACGUCCACACCAGUGUCAAUCAAACAUCCAAGGAGUACCUGGCUAAUGAGCGGCGCUACAACUACACCACGCCCAAAUCUUUCCUGGAGCAGAUCAAGCUGUAUCGCAGUCUGCUGGGCCAGAAGAGCAAAGAUCUUACUGCCAAGAUGGAGAGGCUGGAAAACGGCCUGCAGAAGCUCAGCAGCACAUCUGCUCAGGUGGAUGAUCUCAAGGCCAAGCUGGCUGCCCAGGAAGUGGAACUCAAGCAGAAGAAUGAAGAUGCUGACAAGCUGAUUCAAGAGGUUGGGAUAGAAACAGAGAAGGUCACAAAGGAGAAGACUGUGGCUGAUGAGGAAGAACAAAAGGUGGCGGCCAUUGCUGUAGUGGUAAGGGGCAAGCAGAGAGACUGUGAGGAGGACUUGGCCAAGGCUGAGCCGGCUCUGCAAGCAGCUCAGGAUGCCCUCAACACCCUCAACAAAAACAACCUGACCGAGCUGAAGUCGUUUGGUUCUCCCGUGGCGGCGGUGACCAACGUCACGGCGGCGGUCAUGGUUCUGAUGGCACCCGCAGGCAAAGUCCCGAAGGAUCGCAGCUGGAAGGCAGCCAAGGUGAUGAUGGCCAAGGUGGACUACUUCCUGGACUCUCUGAUAAACUUCAACAAAGAAAACAUCCCAGAGGCUUGCCUGAAAGCCAUCCGGCCUUACCUGCAGAAUCCAGAGUUUCAGCCGGACCUGGUGGCCUCCAAGUCUUACGCAGCUGCUGGUUUGUGUUCCUGGGUUCUAAACAUCGUCAAGUUCUACGAGGUUUACUGUGAGGUGGAGCCCAAACGUCAAGCUCUACGCAAGGCCAACGCUGAACUGGCUGCUGCGCAGGAGAAGCUGACGGCCAUCAAGAGGAAGAUCAACCACCUUAAUGAGAACCUAGCCAAGCUCACGGCUAAGUUUGAGAAAGCCACUGCGGACAAAGUGAAGUGCCAACAGGAAGCAGAAUCAACGGCUCGCACCAUUUCACUGGCCAACCGCCUGGUGGGAGGUCUCGCGGCUGAAAAUGUCCGAUGGGCAGAAGCGAUAGAAAACUUUAGAAGACAGGAGAGGACAUUGUGUGGGGAUGUCCUCCUCAUCACUGCCUUCAUCUCCUACCUGGGGUACUUCACCAAACGCUACAGGCGACAUCUGAUGGAGAACUGCUGGAGGCCUUACCUCAGUCAGCUGAAGGUUCCCAUCCCAGUGACUGCAGACCUGGUGCCUCUGACCAUGCUCACUGAUGACGCCGACAUCGCUGCGUGGCAGAACGAGGGCCUGCCGGCUGACGGGAUGUCCACAGAGAACGCUACCAUUUUAACUUCCUGCCAGCGCUGGCCCCUCAUGGUGGACCCCCAGCUGCAGGGCAUCAAAUGGAUCAAAAACAGAUACGGUGAUCGGCUGCGGGUGAUCCGCAUUGAACAACGAGGGUAUCUUGAUGCAGUGGAGAGAGCGCUGGCAGCUGGUGAUGUGGUUCUGAUUGAAAAUCUGGGAGAAACGUUGGAUCCUGUACUCGGCCCUUUGCUGGGAAGAGAAACCAUCAAGAAGGGCAGAUAUAUAAAGGUCGGAGACAAGGAGUGCGAGUACAGCCCCAGUUUCCGACUCAUCCUGCACACCAAGCUGGCCAACCCUCAUUACCAGCCGGAGCUGCAGGCGCAGUGCACCCUGAUAAAUUUUACAGUGACCAGAGACGGACUGGAGGACCAGCUGCUGGCAGCAGUGGUCAGCAUGGAGAGACCUGACCUGGAGCAGCUGAAGUCCGACUUGACGAAGGAGCAGAAUGGCUUUAAGAUCACCCUGAAGACGCUGGAGGACAACUUGCUCUCCCGUUUGUCUUCAGCUUCCGGAAACUUCCUUGGAGACACGGAGCUCGUGGAAAAUUUGGAGACAACCAAACGCACCGCUGCCGAGAUCGAACAGAAGGUGAAGGAAGCCAAGGUGACAGAGGCCAAAAUCAAUGAGGCUCGGGAGCACUACCGGCCAGCAGCGGCGCGGGCUUCCUUAUUGUACUUCAUAAUGAACGAUCUCAAUAAAAUCCACCCCAUGUACCAGUUCUCACUCAAGGCAUUCGGUGUGGUCUUCCAGAAAGCGGUUCUGAAGGCCGACCCGGAUGAGACUCUCAAGCAGCGGGUGUCCAAUCUAAUUGACAGCAUCACCUUCUCAGCGUUCCAGUACACCACUAGAGGCCUGUUUGAGUGUGACAAGCUCACGUACACGGCUCAGCUCGUCUUCCAGAUACUCCUGAUGAAUAAUGAAAUAAGCCCCACUGAGCUGGACUUCCUGCUGAGGUAUCCUGUCCAACCAGGUGUAACUUCGCCAGUGGAUUUCUUAUCGAACCACUCCUGGGGAGGGAUCAAGUCCCUGUGCUCCAUGGAUGAGUUCAAGCACCUGGACAGAGACAUCCUGGGUUCACCCAAACGCUGGAAGAAGUUUGUCGAGUCCGAGUGUCCAGAGAAAGAGAAAUUCCCACACGACUGGAAGAGCAAAACUUUUCUCCAGAGGCUUUGCAUGUUGAGGACCCUGAGACCCGACCGCAUGACAUACGCAGUCAGAGACUUUGUAGAGGAGAAACUGGGAGGUGAGUAUGUGAUGGGCAGAUCUCUGGACUUCGCCGUCUCCUUUGACGAGUCCAGUCCAGCGACUCCCAUGUUCUUCAUCCUGUCUCCUGGAGUGGAUCCUUUGAAGGACGUUGAGAAACAUGGGAAGACGAUGGGCUACACAUUUGACAACAACAACUUCCACAAUGUGUCUUUGGGUCAAGGCCAAGAGGUUAUAGCUGAACAAGCCCUGGAUCUGGCCGCUCGGGAAGGCCAUUGGGUCAUCUUGCAGAACAUCCAUCUGGUCGCUCGCUGGCUGGGCACGCUGGAGAAACUUCUCGAGGAGUAUGCCGAGGGAAGCCACGAGAACUUCCGAGUGUUUGUGAGCGCUGAGCCGUCCUCCACCCGCGACAGCCACAUCGUCCCUCAGGGGAUCCUGGAAAACUCCAUCAAGAUUACGAAUGAACCGCCUACUGGCAUGCAUGCCAACCUGCACAAAGCCCUGGACAACUUCAGCCAGGAAUCGCUGGACAUGUGUGCGCGGGAGAACGAAUUUAAAAGCAUCUGGUUCUCCCUCUGCUACUUCCACGCCGUGGUCGCCGAGAAGAAAUUUGGUCCUCAAGGUUGGAACAGAUCGUAUCCCUUUAACAGCGGAGACCUGACCAUUUCUGUCAACGUCCUCUACAACUACCUGGAGGCCAAUUUGAAGGUACCGUACGACGACCUGCGCUACCUGUUUGGUGAGAUCAUGUACGGGGGUCACAUCACCGAUGACUGGGAUCGUCAUCUGUGUCGAACCUACCUGGAGGAGUUUAUUAAGCCUGAGAUGAUGGAAGGAGAGUUAUUUCUGGCGCCUGGUCUCCCCUUGCCUGGCAACAUGGAUUACAACAGCUACCACCAGUACAUCGACGACACGCUGCCUGCAGAGUCCCCUCACCUGUACGGCCUUCAUCCCAACGCAGAGAUUGGCGUCCUCACGCAGACGUCGGAGAAGCUUUUCCGCACCGUCCUGGAGAUGCAGCCCAGAGACGGAGGGGCUGGUGAGGGAGGAGGAAGGACGAGAGAAGAGAAGGUUCGCUCGGACCUGGAAGACAUUUUGGAGAGGCUGCCAGAACAGUUUGACAUGGCGGAGCUGCUGGGGAAGGCCGAGGACAGGACCCCGUACCAAGUGGUGGCGCUGCAGGAGUGUGAGCGAAUGAACGUCCUCACCAACGAGAUCAGACUCUCUCUCAGCGCCCUGAACCUCGGACUAAAGGGAGAGCUAACCAUGACCAGCGAAAUGGAGGAUCUACAAAAUGCCAUCUUCCUGGACGCCGUGCCAGACAGCUGGACCAGACGAGCGUAUCCGUCCAUGUCCGGCUUGGCUCUGUGGUUCAACGACCUCCUGGCCCGGAUCAAGGAGCUUGAAGCCUGGUCAGCAGACUUCAGCUUACCCCCUGCGGUGUGGCUGGCUGGCUUCUUCAACCCCCAGUCUUUCCUCACAGCCAUCAUGCAGGCCAUGGCCAGAAGGAACGAGUGGCCUCUCGACAGCAUGUGCCUGCAGUGUGACGUCACAAAGAAGAACCGGGAGGACUUCAGCUCUCCUCCUCGCGAAGGAGCGUACGUCCAUGGACUGUUCAUGGAAGGAGCGCGGUGGGACUCACAGACUGGCUCGAUCGUCGACGCGCGUCUCAAAGAGCUCACCCCGGCCGUGCCGGUCAUCUUCAUCAGGGCCGUUCCAGUGGACAAACAGGAAAGCAGAAACGUCUACCAGUGUCCCGUCUAUAAAACCCGUCAGAGGGGACCCACAUAUGUGUGGACCUUCAACCUUAAGACCAAAGAAAAGCCCUCCAAGUGGACUCUGGCUGGUGUGGCGUUGCUUCUGCAGACCUAGCUGUUUUUGGGGGGACGCCACACUGCGGGUGCCGACAGGGUGGACAACUGAAAUCGUUUCCAAACCAAAUAGUUUGUAGCCAGAAAGUAGAAAUUAUUCACUUAGAAGAAAACCUUUUAUUUUGUUGCGUUAAAAAGAGCAGCGGAUUAAAGGGUUUUCGAUUCCAUUUCUACACCGAUCAGUCAAGAAUCAAUAUUACCAGUUCUAAAAAAUGUUCUGUUGAUUAACAUCUGUGAUAGGCAAACACUGAAUGUUUUAAAUAUUAACUGUGUAAUCACAUAUAAAUCUCUGCAUUUUUUGUCGAUGAACUCUUUAGCUGAUAUUGCAUACUUUGAGGCAUUAUUCCAUAUGCAUAAAUUACGAUAUUCUUUUAAUUUAUUUUUAAAACUACGUCAAUCAAAUAACUUCAGGGAUGUUUCUGUUUUUUAUGUACUAAAUUAUCGAGAAGUAAAAAAGAUCAAUUGGAAACUGCAUGUCAGACCUCAAAGAAAACUGGAAAUCGGGCUGGAAUGAAACUCAUCUUUGAAGAUAAUCCAGUUUUCAUGUCAACGAACCAAAGUUUUCUUGGAAAUGGAGCCUUAACUUUCACUAACUAGAAGAUAUUAUGCUCAACAAACUGUGAGUCAGAGGUCAGCAUGGCGGCGUUUUAUGAUUAUUAUCAGUCAUAACAAACAAGGUAAAUGUGUUUUGCACAGAUUUCUAAAAAGGGAAGAUAAGUCAACAAAUCUGAGAAUGUAAAUAUUCAAACAUUAGAAAUGUCAUGUGUAGGAAUCCUUUUACAGAUUAGUCUCCACUAAAUCUGAGCUGGGCUGAAGGUGGUUGUUACCAUGUGCCGCCAUCUUGAUUGAUUAAAUAUUCAGUCAGCUUUGAUUCUGCUCUCUCUUCUUUAAUGUAAUUCACUGUCUGCCACACACUGUUUUAUUCAUCUAAAGUGCACAAAUUCAGCCCUUUUUCUAGUUUUAUUCUAGAAAAAGGGCUGUUUUUAUUCCUUCUACUCAGCUUGCUACAAGAUUUGAGCCAAGUGUCAGAACGUGACCUGAAACGCCUCAGAGGAAAUCUAUGCUAUGUGACUGGAAACGAGCAGCUAAUCUGAAUAUUAAUUACACUUUCUAGUCAAGGUUAUGCUUUCAUAAAAAUACACAAUAUUUCUCCAUAAAACCAUUCUGUUAAAGUUCCAGAUGUUAAAAAAAACAGACAAUUUUAAAUAUUUUUUGGCAUGAACCUAAUAUAAAUCAAGUGGAAAAGCAAGAGAUUCUGAUAGAGGAAAAUGAAAAACAAAAGCUCCAAUAACCAAGUUGCAUACAUGUCAAUGAACGACUGAUGCUUUAUUUAGCCAAGUGUAAUUCUGGGAAUGCCAUAAAACCAUGUGUGGAAUGGAUUUUCAUUCAGAACCACAAGAGUUAUUUUCUACAAUCGGCUCUUUUGAUUUCUUAAUUCUCACAAUUAUUGCUCUCGCUUUCAAGAAGUUUGAAAAUAAAGA